AUGUCAAGAACACAGCUCGCGCGGCUGAUCGACCUUCCCGACGAUGCCCUGCAGCAGGUGCUCGACUACUCGCUGACGCUGUCCAAGGCCGAUGCCGUCGACCAUUUCAAGAACCUGCUUGGCGACUCACCCGCAGCUGUUGCCUUUAUUGCCGACUUCAACGGCCGCCGACAUGACCCGGCAGGCCCGUCAGCAGCAGCGACAGCAGCCAAGGAUGUCUCUCCAGCCGCGACUGCGUCCCGCAGCAGCGAGAUCAACGCCGUACCGAAGCCCCGCCGCGGGCCCAAGAAGAAGAAGGCCCCCCUGCACACGCCACCACCGCGACAGGUGGCCCAGCUGGCGCCGCAUCCCGGCUCGGCCUACAGUAAAAAGGAUGUGGAGGACGACUACAUGGUGAGCCGGUCCGGAGCUGUGCAGGCCGGUGCAAGCACGACACCGCCUCAACAGCAACAGCAGCAGCAGCGGAAACCGCCGUCGGCAGCGGGGUCCAUGAUCCAGGAUGCGCUGCAGCCCAAGGCCAAGGGCAGCAAGGCAGUCACGACAAGCAGCCGGACAAACAGCAAAACGCAGCCGGCAGCCAGGAUCACGAUCACGGGCGGCACGGCGAUGCAGGGGGCAUCGACGGCGCUGGCGGAUUUUGACGCGGCGAUCCGGGCGCUGGAGAUCAGCACGAACCCGACGCUGGCCAGCGGUGGCAGCGACGGCGUGCAGGACGUGGCGACGCGACGGUGCCACUGCGUGGCGACGCGACACCCGCUGCAGACGGCGGCGCCCAACUGCCUGCACUGUGGCAAGGUGAUCUGCCUCAAGGAGGGGCUGGGGCCGUGUACGUUCUGCGGACAGCCGCUGCUGGCAGCCGACGAGGUGCAGGCGAUGAUCCGGGAGCUGCGCGAGCAGCGCGGACGCGAGAAGAUGGCGGCCGACAAGGCAGCACACCGACGGCCAGACGUGGCCGGUGCUGCGAAGCCGUAUGCGCGGCCGACGAUGAUUGCCGGCUCGGUCAAGUGGGGUGGUGACGAUGCCGAAUUUGUCAGCUUGGCCGAGGCCCAGACCCAGGCGCGAGCCCACCGUGACCGCCUGCUGGCCUUCCAGGCCGAGAACGCCCAGCGGACGACGGUGCGCGACGAGGCCGCCGACUUUGACGUCGGCGAGGCCAUGGCGCUGGCUGCGGCCGGCGGCAGCGGUGCCGGUGCCGCUGCCCAGAACCUGUGGGCCACGCCCGAAGAACGUGCCCGUGCCCUGCGACGUCAGCAGAAGCUGUUGCGCGAGAUGGAGUGGAACGCCCGGCCCGAGUACGAGAAGCGUCGCCAAGUCCUCAGCAUCGACCUCGCCGGCCGCAAGGUUUUCAAGAAGACCGUCGCCGCCGAACGGCCGCCCUCAUCGCUGAGCGAAGACGGCACCGACAGCGACGGCGAUGAUGGCCUGGGUCUCGGAGGCUUUGAUGCUGGCACUGGUGCUGAUGCUUCUGGCGAUGGCGCUGGCGCGGGUGGCACCUUUAGCAAGAACCCGCUGCUCGGUCGGCUGAUCAGACCGGUGUAUAAACCCCACAAGCAGAAGAAGGAAAAGGCCAAAGGCAAGGGCAAAGGCAGGGCCGACGAAGAAGCGGACGACGACGACGAUGAGUCUGCGGCGCCUCUGCCCGGCCGGAAGGACGACCCCGAGGCAGCGUCACGGUGGCAGCGAGUCCAGGACGAUCUGAACGAUAACGAGGCCGUCAUCCUCGACGGCGGCAUCUAUGGCACCGGAGGAACCGACGAGCCUGGACGGGGAUGA